AUGAAUAGCCUUCUCGCCGCAACCGCAGUCGAUCUAGUGCUAUCCUCCAACGAAACCGAAUCCGCUACUGUGUACAGCUCUACAGCACAGCAACAAAGCCAGCGCCGGCUUCCGCUCCGAGCUCGAAAACAUCAACCAAGAGAACCUCUAUUUGCUCUAUCACCUCGCAGCCUUUCAGCGCUCAUGCAAUUCGUCCUGCCAAAUAUACAACAAACCGCAUCGGACCGCAUAUCCAUUAUAUUUGACUUGAUGCUUGGCGCCUGCAACAUCGCAGUGUUUCAAUUUCAAAUGGCUAAGAGAGGCACCUUGCUCAUCCCGCGACGUAAUCAACUAUAA